CCGCUGUCCUAUCAGUGGGGAGAGGAGUGAGUAAACUUUUGCGUUGCGGGCGCGACUUUUACUCCCCGACCUUUUCUUACUCGUACAUGAGUACGGUCUCCGUGCCUCUGUUUCUUUCUUCUUUCUUCUUUUCCUACUAUGUAAUUUUCGCCUCGAGAAAUUCCACCAGCCCUGAGACGCGCCAGUUAGGCUCUUUUUGGCUGUUGGAACCCUCCCCCGGAACUUAUUGUCCAGUAGACAUGGCCACUUCGGUGAUAAAGUUGCGGGCGCAAGGUCGAGCUUUGGCCGUCCGCAAUCGCUUGGGCUUACUCUUUUUCUUUAGUUUUAGUUCCAAAAAGGAUUGAUUCGCUUACAUAUGACAAUCCAACUUCCCUUUUUUUUUCUCUUUG